AUCCCUCUCCCCCUUCGUCCACCGGCUUCACCUCUCCUCCUUCACCAGAACACACCCCCCCACUCGCAGCAAAAACGUUAUUUUCAAAUUACUCUCUCUCUCUCUCUCUCUCUCUCGAUCACCUCUCUCUCUCUCUCUUCCCUUCUCCCCGUUGUUUUCACUCUGCAACAUUGAGGCCUCGUGAUUCGAGCAUCUGAUCUCCUUCGCGCCCUUCCUUUGGAAACCCUAACAGACCCCAAAUCGAGCUAUAACCCUAACUUAAUCACUCUUCUCCCUCUUCCACUCUUUGCAUGCGAAGGGCGAUUGUAUAAUUAUAGGGCAAGGAACACAAGGAAUUCAUUUCAGCUCCAAAGGAGCUCUUGCGGGCAGCUCGUCCUGAAACGGUAGUUAGAGGCUGCUGCUGGGGAUGAAUCUGCGACAGGUCAUGCAGCCAAGAUCUUCUGCCAAUGGAUUUGGCCGCCGACGAGUUGACAGGGAAGUAGGGACUAGGCCGGAGAAUAAGAUGCAGUCUGGAAAAUCAGACCCUCGCAGGUUUAUAAAUGCAGGUGAACUGACUGGCAGCAAAAGUGGAGGAUAUGGAAGUCCUUCACGUGAUCGACUAGUAUAUUUUACAACAUGUCUUAUUGGACAUGAUGUGGAGGUUCAGGUGAAAAAUGGAUCUAUAUAUUCUGGAAUUUUUCAUGCAACAAACGCUGAAAAAGAUUUUGGAAUUAUCUUGAAAAUGGCUCGUUUGAUAAAGGAUGGGUCGUUGCGAGGACAGAAGGCUAUUUCAGAGUCUGUUAGCAAGGCUCCUUCCAAAAUUUUAAUUAUACCUGCGAAAGAACUUGUACAAGUGAUUGCAAAGGAUGUGUCUAUAACCAUGGAUGGCUUGACAAAUGAGCUCCAAAGAGAAAAACAGCAGGAAAUUAUGCUAGACUCAUUCAUAUCACAAUCUCGUAAUGCAGACGCAGAGAGAGAACUUGAACGUUGGGUCCCUGAUGAAGAUGAUCCACAGUGUCCUGAAUUGGAGAAUAUUUUUGAUGAUCAUUGGAAUAGGAACUGGGAUCAGUUCGAAACAAAUGAAGCAUUAUUUGGAGUUAAAAGUACCUUUGAUGAAGAACUUUAUACAACAAAACUUGAAAAGGGUCCUCAGAUGAGAGAGUUGGAAAGGGAAGCUUUGAGAAUUGCGAGAGAAAUUGAAGCUGAGGAAACUAAUGAUUUUCAUUUAGCAGAGGAAAGAGGCAUCCAACCUCAAGAAAAUAUUGAUAUCGAUGAGGAGACAAGAUAUUCAUCUGUCUUAAGAGAAGUUGACGACAGUGGAUACGCAGAUGAUGAGGACACUAUAGUUGAUUUACGCAACAAUGAAACUUUUGGAGGCUCUUCUAAUUCUGCUAUUAACAGGUCCUUAACUGACUCGAGAAGUGGGAAAAGCAAUGGUGGAACUCAUGGAUCGUCAAACUCUCAGUCUGUGGAGGAAGCAGAGUCUUCUCAAUCAGGCAGUGGCAAGGAUUUGUAUCGAUCUAUUUCUAAUGAUCAUGUUAGGCAGCUGGCUUUUGAACUUGUUUCUAAAAAUUCUUCAGCUUUGGACAGCGAAAGAAGGAUUCAGGAUAAUGAUUUCAGUGGACAGCAUGGAGUAAAUAGUAACUCUGAGGAUAUUGUAGAAAAGCAAAUGUCAGGUGAGGAGGCUCAAAUGACUAACUUGGAGGAUUCACAUAUAUCACUUGAUGGGAAUAAAGAUGUCACAGAUAAAGGGGGAUUAUCCCUUAAUGCUUCUGCAUAUGCUCCUGCUUCUUCUGUUUCAUCAAAGGGUCAGGAGAAGACAAGUUCUCCUGGUGAAUCAUCAGAAGGUGCAGUAGUUGGCAAAACACAUGUUGCACAAUCAGGAAACUCCCGUGGACAACCUGGCGGCUCUACUUCAUCUGCUUCAGAUUGUGUAGGUGUUGCCUCUGCUUCUAGUGGGCCCAGUUUAUCUCCAAGCUCAUCAAUGGGUUCAUUAUCUUCAGAAAAAUCAAGUCUAAAUCCCCAUGCUAAGGAAUUCAAACUCAAUCCCAAUGCAAAGAGUUUUGUCCCUUCACAAACACCAUUAAGGCCUGCAUCUCCAGCGUCUGAAGGUUCUUUUUAUUUUCCAGCUAAUGUGCCCGCUGUCCCACACAUGCAUGGCAUGCCUUUGGGUUUUGGAAUUGGGCCUUCAUUUCCUGGGCACCAGCCUGUCAUUCUUAAUACACCAGCUGCAGCACCAAUGCAAACACCACAGGCAUACUUCCAUCCAAAUGGGCCUCAGUAUGGGCAGCAGAUGAUUGUUGGCCACCCGAGGCCGGUCUUGUACAUGCCAGGCUACCCCCCUGAAGGACAUAUGACCUACCCUCCAAGUCGAUGACAUGGCCAGACAAAGUUAACUGCUGUUGCGGGACACCUUUUUGCAACCAGCUAAUUUAAGACACUGCAUCAUAGAGUUGGGGCCAAAUUCAAUUUCCGAUAACUUGUGUGUCCCUAUCUCUACCUUACAAUAAAUGGCAUUCACAUUCUUAACUAUUCAGUUAAUUGCAUACUCGUCCUGACAGGAAAGGCCGUGCAAAGGAAGAUAUUUUUAGCCACAGUUGAUUUGACUUCAUUCUCGGUGGUUUCACAAAGAAUAAACUUCUGAGGGACUGCUCGAAACAGUUUUUCCCGUGGAGAAAACCUUAGCAGUCCAUGAAAGAUCCAAUGGUUCUCAAGUUAUAUUUUUGCCAGGGAAAGUUCAGUCUUGGAGGGAUAUUUUCAUACCCAUACCGUGGUGUUGGGGGACUUGUUGGUCCUACUACGCACGCUCUACUUUUUGCAUUUCGAUAUUUGUAAUAUGGAACCAUUUGAGGAGCAAAAAAAAGUUAAAAAUCUUCCGAACUGCCAUUCUUGCAUCUUCCAUUUCUCCAGAAGAGCAAGAAAAAACUUACUCGAAUUCUCUACCUUAAAUUAUCGCUUGUAACAGUCGCACAUUUGUUCGUAUUGGCUUUUUAAUUGCAUGUUUUGUGCGGCUGUGCCCCUUAUGUCUAA